AUGCUGGUACCUUCGGAUGGACUGCCGGCGGAGCGACUUGCAACUUUGCCUGACAGUUUGGCAGCCAUGCACAGGGAGGUGAUCGACCAGCGCGAGAAGCACCGGCUGCAGAACAUGGCGCGCUCCAAGGGCGGCGUUGAGUGCAACUUCAGCGUAGGAGAUUUCGUCCUUUGGUCGCGAAUCGACUCUCGCUUGUCUGUGGACAGGCUUCUCGCCCGAUGGGUCGGUCCGUUCGAGGUGGUCAACACCGCACCCCACUUGUUCGACAUACGACACCUUGUCACGAACCAGCAUUACACGGUCCACGGCUCGCGUCUGAAGUUCUACGCGGAUGCUAGCCUCGAUGUGGAUGAAGAACUGCUCGCUCAUGUUGACAAUCAAGGCAUUGUGGUCAUGGUUCUCGGCAUUGAAACAAUCAAACAACACCGUCACAUCGAUGGUAUUUGGCAGCUACUCGUGUCAUGGGAGUCCCUUGAGAGCUUGGCAGCUCAAGUUCAUGUGCCCGUUGCUGCCUACGUCCAGACCUGCGAAGACGAAGCAUUUCAAGCGGCGUUCGCAGCUCUCGGCCAGUGA